CGUGUCUCUACGUCGGCGGCGUUUCGCUUCCUGCAGCUAAGUGGUCGUGGUCGGCGCGCGGGGGCUCGGCGUGCAAGGCGGUUGCUCUCACCGCCGGGUGGCAGUAAUUUUCUUGCGUAACCGCGUGUUAGCGGCUGCGUAGGUCGCGUGUAGGCUCUUUAUGCAGGCCUAAAGCAAAGGACUUGCUCUCCAUAAUCAGCUAGCGUUGUAAGGCACUAGCAAGCGCAGAGUAUCCGGGCAGACAGAGCCAAUAGAGGCCCAAGGCCGGGAACGAGCUCUUUGCGAAGUGAUUCGACACCCUCGGUCGACAGGCAAGCGCGGGGCCUCGUCACAAAUGGCGCCCCGCAUCCUUGGCCUCAUUACAUGCACUGCCGCGCUCCAGGCCCCUCUAUCGCGCCCGGCGCGGGCGGCGCCGGCCAGAGCCGUCAAAUCCGCCCUCCUCUCGGAUUAUGUGCUGGACCUCGAAAAGCGCUGCGGCGCGGGGGACGGUGACGCCUGCGACGCCAUCGCGCAGCUCGACACAUUCGCGAAAUCAUUAGAACAAAAGCGAGCACGGCGGGCGAAGGCCGCCGAGCUCCUCCGAGCGGCCGGCCCGCCCUCCGUGGCCACCGCUCCCGCAACGCCGGCGCCGGCCUCGACCGCCGCGAACUUCGCGCCGACGCCGAAGCCGGACUCCGUCGAGGCGGCCUUAAUCAGGCUCUUCGACAGCUACGACCAGACCAAAUCCGGUGCGGUCGCGCUCGACGCCUUCACGAGCCGCUGGGUGAGCGAGCGGAUGCGGACGGUGAGCCGAGAAAACGACCUCACGGGCACGGAGCGGACCUGGGAGGCCCGGCAAGCGCGCGCGGGCGCGCGGCGGAUCACGCGCGUCUUCAGCAAAAAGGGCGGCCGCAUGACGCAGCGCGAGUUCGUCGAGGCCUUCGCGGCCGAGUACGGCAAGCGCAUCGCGCGGGGCCUGCCCCAAUCGCGGGCCGUCGCCGAGAUCCUCACGAACAUGCCGCAGCGCGCGCUCUUCCAGGAGAUGUACGGGUCGGAGUAACAUGCCUUUUUCCGUC